AUGGGAAAGGGCAAACGUCGCAACAAAUCUACGGCCAAACAGAGGAGGGCGGCGCUGCCCGCUGCGCAGACAACCGUCCACGACCUCCCCGACGAGCUCGUCUGUCAAGUCCUCCUAGGCCUCGGCUCGCCGCUCGACCUCAUCCGUGCCGCGGCCACGUGCGUGCGCUGGCGCCGCGCCAUCGCCGGCGAGGGCUUCCUCGGCCGCUUCUACGACCACCACGGCGCGCCGUGCGUCGCCGGCCACUACUACGUCACGGACACGCAGCCCCCGGACGUGACGGGAGUACUACGCUGGCCGCCGAGGAAGCCGUCAGCAGCCUUCGUGCCCUCGUCGUCGCCGGAUGUCGUCGACGGCGGUCUCUUCUCCCUCGACUUCCUCUACGUUCCGCCGGUGACCGACCGCCCUCGCCGCAUGUACUACGGCCGUCGUCCCCGCCGUACACGGAUACGGCACAACCAGUGCAGGGAGAUCGUCGACAGCCGCGGCAGCCUCCUCCUCCUGACCAACGGGCCGUGGCGGGAGUUAGUACACCCCAGGCACUGGUCAUCUGACUUCAUCGUGUGCGAGCCUGUGUCACGGCGAUAUCAGGGGAUCGCGCGCCCGGCCGACCUCAGCCAUCUCCCGCUCCUCGGCGCCUUCCUCCUUGACGGCGGCGGAGCCGGAGGCGGCGACACCAUGUCGAGCUUCAGGGUGCUCUCCGUGCUCUACGAGCCCGACCGGUCGCGCUACCAAUUCGGCAUGCCACGCGCGUGCGUGUUUGCUCCGGGAAGUGACGGCGGCUGGCACAUAUGUUGGCACACCAUGGACGACGAAGAUGUCGAGGUCCCGCUCAUGGAGAUGAUCCACUUGGCUGGGCGAACCGCCGGGAGGGUCUACUGGGGGAUCGAGGACGGCACCGUGCUCGUGCUCGAGGAGAGCACGGUGAAGUUCUCGCUGCUCACAUUCCCGGUGCAGAUGCGGGGGCCGUACCGGAGGACGAGCUUCCGCGUCAUCGGUAGCAGCGUGGACGGCGAAGACAGGGUGCGUGUCGUGCGCGUGCACGGCGAGGACCUCGAGGUCUUCGGCCAGCUCCUGGACUCCGGUGAGUGGGUGGUGGAGAAGAGCGUCGCGCUGAGGGACGCGACGGCAGGGCUGUCCGGUUGGGACUACCGGUUCUUCUGGUUGCCGGCGAGGAUCGUCACUGCAGGUAACACGUUCGUGGUGUUGACGCCGGCGGAGAAGAUCUGGCUCUUCUCUGUGGAGCUGGAGACCAUGGAGGUGGAGAACGAGCACGUGAGGAACCGGAACAUCGGGCCGUCGUACCCGUGCGCGCUACCAUGGCCUCCCCUCCUGCGAGCUUGUGUACGUCGCGGUGACGACGACGCCGUCGUUAGUAAGAGAAGGCAACGCCACAGCAAGGGAACGACGGUGUGA